UUCAAGGAGGUCUGCGAGACGUCAAGAGAGAUGACAUACCCAGUGCCCAGGCAGAACUGAGACACGCGAGACUUAGUGUCUUAGUGACAUCUCGUAUAGCACAAGAGAUAUACAAGGGUGAACUUCAAGAAAGCAAGUUAUUUGAUCAGAUCUGGUUCAUGUUUGACCUGAAAAUGUCAUCAAUGGUUCUGGUGUUUGUUGUGUUCUUUGCCAUAACAUUCGCCAAGACAAGCCAAGGUUGUGAGAUGCCCAAGGCCGAGCGUCAGUAUAUCCUGGACAAGGUGAAGACAAGGAUUGUGGAGGCACUGGGGUCUCCUCCACCAACCACCGCUACAUCCCCAACACCAUCUCCAACCCUAAAUAGUCCCAUCCAGUUGGAGGAGAGGAUUCUACGUAAGAGACACAGCCAAAAGAGAGAACAUGGUCUGGAGGACACGUCUCAGGUGAUAUUGUUCCCUACAUUAGAUGUCCUGUGUGAGACUCCAACACUUGAGGACCCCAAGACAGAAGAAGGCAACAGUUUCACCUACAUCUUCCGUCCAUCUCCUCACAUCUUAAGUCGACGAGUCUCAUCUGUGCAGUUCUGGUUUUUCAAUGGAGGGUCUCCAGCAGACAACUUCACUUGGUACCAGAAUUUCUCAACUGAUGACCCAAGUGCUCUGAGGUCUGAGCCGUCUACUCAAUCCCGUGUGACAGAACUAUCACCCCAAGGGUCUCCGACCCUUGGCACUGACAAGUUGAGUGAUGAUGAUGAUUCUGUUUCACCUGAGGAAAGUAUCACUAAAGAGGAGACUCUUCAUAAUGUGGUGGACAUACAGGUGCUAUCACAGAAGGAGCAGGUCACUGUGGCCACAUCCAAGGUGGAGAAAAUGGAUGACUGGAUUGUCUUUCACCUGUCCCCUGCUUUUUUGAAUUACGUCACAAGAGGUCUUUUUGUUCUGCUAGUUCAUUGUCCAACAUGUCCUUGCUCCGAGCAGCCUGAACAUAACCCCUUCCUCAUGUACAUUACCCAUCCCAGUCAACGUGGUCGGAGGUCAGGAAUUCCAUGGUCUCCAUCUGCUCUGGAACUUCUGCAGAGGCCUCCAGCACCUGGUGCGGACACUACACAAUGUCAUCGUGGUUCCCUCAACAUAACCUUUGAAGAGUUGGGUUGGAACCAGUGGAUUGUUCACCCUGGAAGCUUCCAGUUCCACUACUGCCAUGGGACCUGCUCCCCAAACCAUGGCCUAAGCACGGCUCUACACUGGGGGAACUGUUGUGCUGCACUACCCAGCACCAUGAAGCCUUUGAGAGUCACCACCACUACGGAUGGUGGAUUCUCUUUCAGAUAUGAAACUGUGCCAAAUCUUCUGACUCAAGACUGUGCCUGUAGCUGAAUACCUUAGCCUAUGUCCACAUCUGCAUCAUGGAAUUCUGUUUUUCUGUGGCAUCAUAGGAGCAGAAAAACAGAACUCGAGUGGUGACUGGUCAGUCACAUGACAGACGUCAAAGGUGCCUGGAUGACUGACUUAUAAUGGUGUCCGGAACGUUACCAGAAAAAAAUCACUGUAUGCUACAGUAUAUUCUCCUGCAAAAAAAGAUGGAAGCUUGGAACGCACAUGUAAACAGAGCCUUAAAGAUGGCUCUUAGAUGACCCAUAGGCAGCCACUUGGUUUGCUUCUAGGAUAUCUAUGCCCUUGGCAUAUGAUAAAUCAGCUCCAGCAGAUUUCACAUUUCUUUUUCCAGAAAAGCUCUGAAUGAAAUGUGGAAUCUGGUUGCUAUGGGCAACUAAGCCACUUUUUCCUUUACACCAGUUUUGAUACAUCUACCCCCAUUCACUGGUGUUGGAGAACAUGUCUCACUGAGAGGCC